CAUCAAUUGGCAUCAAUCAUCAACGACAACCUCCCUCCGAACGAACGAACGAAACCGCCAAAAUGGACCCCUACUCCGCCGAAGGCGAAUUGAUCAACAUCCACAACUAUUUCCACCAGGGCCAGUACCAGGAGGUCAUUGAUUACGAUACUUCUGCCCUUUCCUCCGAGAAUGAGCUUCCCGCCCGCGUUCUAGCUCUGCGAGCCCGCAUCGCUCUUGGUCAAGCUGAAGAUGUCAUCGCCAACGUGCAGGGAGAGAAGGAGCCCGAACUGGUCGCCCUUGGAGCGCUCGCUGAGAGCGCACUUGGCAAGACGGAUUCUGCCGUGAAGACGAUCGAGAAGCUCGCCGCAUCCGAGGGGGAGAACGCUACAGUCCAGAUUGUUGGAGGUACAGUCCUGCAGGCUGCGGGCAAGCCAGAAGAGGCUCUUGCCUUGCUUUCACAGCACCAGGGAAGCUUGGACGCUGUUGCCCUCAUUGUUCAGAUCCACCUCCAACAGAACCGCAACGACCUCGCCCUCAAGGAGGUCACCGCCGCGAGACGAUGGGCACAGGACAGUUUGCUGGUCAACUUGGCCGAGUCAUGGGUUGGUCUGAGACAGGGCGGAGACAAGUAUCAGCAGGCUUUCUACGUGUUCGAGGAGCUUGCACAGGCGCCCGCAACGUCGUCCAUUGCAACUCUCGUCUCUCAGGCCGUUGCUGAGCUGCACCUUGGACGUACAGAGGAGGCACAGGCAGCGCUGGACCAGGCUCUGGCCAAGGACGCAGGCUAUGCCGAAGCUAUUGCCAACCUUCUGGUGUUGACGGUGAUUUCGGGCCAAGAUCCCAAGGAGUUUACAGAGAAAUUGAAGGCGGCGGACCCCCAUCACCAGUUCCUUGUGGACCUGGAGGAGAAGAGUGCGCUAUUCGACAAGGCGGCGACUAAGUACAGCCCCAAGGUGUCUGCAUAAGGUAGACGGCGUGUACUGCUGAUGAGGCAUAAUGUUAGGCGUACGGUUUAGAGGAACUCAAAUGGAGAUACAACGGCUCGGAAAAGCGCAACGAGACCACUCGAAUUACUACUUUCCACUUGAAGAUACCCAUCUGCUCGCCCUCGCUUGAUCCGAAAGUCGGUUCCUUCUUUGCCAGAUGCGCGCGACCCGCCAGUGAUCGGCAGGGCUCGAAGGGUCUAUGGUUUCGCCGAGACCGUCUGGCCAGCUGUUCGUUUCGGGCAUGCAUGAACAAACCCCCGGGUCAUGAUUGGACGGGACUGGACAGUCAGGACGGAGAGGGCCGGUUGACCGAAGCCGCCCGAGGUGACGGAUCGGUGGCUUUACACAUCGGCAGAUUGACAUCAUGGCUUCCUAUUCUUGAUUAGCACCAAGCGCCAAUAAGACGGCCGGGGCCCCAUGUGCCUGACUCAGGGCUUUCUCCCAACUUUUAGAGUCAAAGAAGUACGAAAAUCACAGGCAAACAACUGCUAUUAGGGCUUACUGCCAGGAUAGACCAAUGGAACUUGCGCUUUGAACAGUUCUGACUGACGGAGCAGACUUUCCGGCAAGGAUUGAGUUUGAGUAAGGUUAUGAUGAGCAGGACAUCCGAAAU